AUGUGUGGCUGUAUGCACGGUACCCAGGACCAAGCACUCCACUUGGAAGGGGAGCCCAACCCUUCUGCAGCCGCAACAUCUACUUUAGCACCUAGGACAAGGCCCAGAAGCAUUUCAAUAUCCAAACAACUGGCUUUAAUAAAAGCUCUACGCAAUGGUUCAGAUCUGGAAAAAGCCAUCGCCACUGCCGCUAUGAUUUUCAGAAACUUUUCUGACCCUGAUGGCAAACUUGGGAAAGCUACUGCCAAAAAUCUACUGCAAACCCAAUAUAGGAAUUUCACAGAGGGACAAGAAACCAAACCAAGAUACAGAGACCUCCUUUCUGAACUCGACGAACAUACAGAAAAUAAGCUGGAUUUUGAGGAUUUCAUGAUCUUACUGUUAAGCAUCACGGUAAUGUCAGAUUUGCCACAAAAUAUAUGGAGUAUAAAAAUUAUGCAAUAG